CAAAGGGUCUGCUCGGAGCUGGGAAGAAAUAACUGUUACCUAAUUCCAGGGAACUGUUUCCCGCUUUCUGCUUGAAACAGUUUUCGGUCUGGGUAGAAUUAACGAGAAGGCAUCGAAGGGAUAUGAGUCAUUAAACUGCGUCGUUUACUGUCAAAACUUGUUUUUUUGCGAGCAAGAGCAUGUAUUGGCCUUUAUUAAAAGCGGUUGUUUUCCUAUUGCAGGCUAAAAACCAGCAGGUUUUGUGCAGAGCAGAGUCUUCUCUUAAUCAGACGCAGACUGAGUUCAGCACUGACAACCCCAUGGUUUACUCUGCCUACGGCUGAAGUCAUCUCUACUUGCAGUUUUGCUCUCCGUUGCUCUGCUUCACAGGAGAGAUUUUCAUGGAUCUCAACAGUGCUAGCACUGUUGUUUUGCGAGUCUUGACCCAAGCUACUAGCCAAGAUACUGCAGUAUUGAAGCCAGCUGAGGAACAACUGAAGCAGUGGGAGACACAGCCAGGUUUUUAUUCAGUCUUGUUGAAUAUCUUUACAAAUCAUAGCUUGGAUGUGAAUGUAAGGUGGUUAGCUGUGCUGUACUUUAAAAAUGGAAUUGAUCGCUAUUGGAGACGGGUGGCACCACAUGCUCUCUCUGAAGAAGAAAAAACUACGUUGCGUGCUGGACUUAUCACCAACUUUAAUGAGCCAGUGAAUCAGAUAGCUACUCAGAUCUCUGUACUGAUUGCUAAAGUUGCCAGGGUGGACUGCCCAAGGCAAUGGCCGGAACUUAUACCCACUCUUGUAGAAUCUGUGAAGGUGCAGGAUGAUCUUCAACAGCACAGAGCACUACUUACCUUUUAUCAUGUUACAAAGACCCUGUCAUCCAAACGGCUUGCUGCAGAUAGAAAACUUUUCUAUGAUCUUACAUCAAGUAUUUAUAGCUUUGCAUGUUCCUUGUGGAAUCAUCAUACGGAUACAUUCCUACAGCAGAUUUGUGUGGGGAAUGAAGCUGCAGCUGCAAAUUCACUAGAAAGAACCUUGUUGUCAUUGAAAGUGCUUCGGAAACUAACAGUUCAUGGCUUUGUAGAACCUCAUUGGAAUGCAGAGGUGAUGGGUUUUCUACAUGCUGUGUUUGAACGGCUGAAACAGUUUUUGGAGUGUAGUAGAAAUAUAAGAGCAGAAAACAUAUGCAGAGAUCGUCUAGAAAAGACUAUAAUUCUGUUCACUAAAGUGCUUUUGGACUUUCUAGAUCAACAUCCUUUUUCGUUCACUACUUUGAUUCAGAGAUCAUUGGAGUUCUCUGUGAGCUAUGUUUUCACAGAAGCUGGUGAAGGAAUUGUAUUUGAGCAGUUUAUUGUACAAUGCAUGAAUCUCAUUAAGAUGAUUGUAAAAAAUUAUGCAUAUAAGCCAUCCAAAAAUAUUGAAGACAGCAGUCCUGAAACUCUUGAAGCGCAUAAGAUAAAGACAGCUUUUUUCACAUACCCGACACUAAUGGAAAUAUGUAGGAGAUUAGUCACUCACUAUUUCUUGCUGACACAGGAAGAAUUGACUAUGUGGGAAGAGGAUCCAGAAAGCUUCACUGUAGAAGAGACAGGAGGAGAUUCUUGGAAGUACAGUCUCAGACCAUGCACAGAAGUUCUUUUUAUUGAUAUUUUCCAUGAAUAUAAUCAGAUCCUUACCCCAGUUCUUUUAGAAAUGGUUCACAGUCUACAAGGAUCUACCAACAUAGAAGAUACCAAUGCUAUACUGAUCAAAGAUGCUGGUAUUAUGUUGAUAAUCAAAGUGUUUAAUGGACAUAUGCAUUAUGCUUUGACUUUUGUCUUUCAGGUCCGUAUUGAGACAGCUACAACACUGAAGUUAACUGUAGAUGACUUUGAGUUCAGAACUGACCAGUUCUUACCGUAUCUGGAAUCCAUGUUUACACUGCUCUUUCAGCUACUACAGGAAGUAACGCAAUGUGACACUAAAAUGCAUGUUCUUCAUGUUCUGUCUUGUGUGAUUGAAAGAGUCAAUAUGCAGAUACGACCAUAUGUAGGAUGUUUGGUUCAGUAUUUACCACUCCUUUGGAAGCAGAGUGAGGAGCACAACAUGCUACGAUGUGCCAUUCUAACCACCCUAAUCCAUCUCGUCCAGGGACUGGGAGCAGACAGCAAAAAUCUCUAUCCUUUUCUACUUCCAGUUAUUCAGCUAAGUACAGAUGUUUCUCAGCCUCCACAUGUUUAUCUUCUGGAAGAUGGUUUAGAGCUGUGGUUAGUGACACUGGAGAAUAGUCCAUGUCUUACACCAGAGCUCCUGAGAAUAUUUCAGAACAUGUCUUCCCUCCUUGAGCUGAGUUCAGAAAACCUCAAAAAUUGCUUUAAGAUCAUCAAUGCUUAUAUUUUCUUAUCAUCAUCUGAAUUUUUACAGAUGUAUGCUACUGACUUAUGCCGGUCAUUUUGUGAACUUCUGAAGGACAUAACUACUGAAGGUCAAGUUCAAGUUUUAAAGGUUGUAGAAAAUGUCCUAAAAGUAAACCCUAUAUUGGGUCCCCAAAUGUUUCAGCCCCUUCUGCCAUCAGUAUUCAGGGGGAUUAUAGAUGGAGAGAGAUACCCAGUGGUGAUGUCUACUUAUCUGGGUAUCCUGGGUAGAGUUCUACUACAAAAUGCAAGGUUUUUUUCAUUACUUCUGAGCCAGAUGGCAUGUGAAUUGGGUCAGGAGUUGGACCAAAUUCUUGGUAACAUGAUUGAAAUGUGGGUUGAUCGGAUGGAUAACAUCACUCAGCCAGAAAGAAGAAAACUUUCUGCUUUGGCAUUGCUUUCUCUUCUGCCAUCAUUGAAUGGUGUUAUCCAAGAUAAAUUUUGUGGUAUCAUCAACAUUUCAGUGGAAGGACUACAUGAUGUUAUGACUGAAGAUUCUGAAACAGGAUCAUACAAAGACUGCAUGUUAAUGUCUCAUUUUGAAGAGCCCAAAGCUACAGAUGAUGAGGAACCUCCCACAGAACAAGACAAAAGGAAAAAAAUGCUUGCCUUGAAGGACCCUGUACACACUGUGUCAUUGCAGCAGUUCAUCUAUGAGAAGCUAAAGGCACAGCAGGAAUUAGUGGGAGAACAAGGUUUUCAGGCCCUUAUGGAAACUGUGGAUACAGAAAUAGUUGCCCAGCUACAAGAAUUUUUACAAGGCUUCUAAACAAGCAGAAAAAAGAUUUUGUAUGUCCAAUUUUUCUUUCAAAAAAAAAAAAAAGAACUUCCAUCUUGUGUGGAAGAGCCUAAUGGAAGGUGCAAAUGACUUGUGUUAAAAAAUAAAAAUAAGUUUCUGCUGAUGCUAUUAAA